GCAACCUGUGAAACAUAAAUUUUUUAAUUUUCGUUGUACGAAAAACGUUACGAUCUUCAGAUAAAAAAAAAAAAUAGUAAUUUAAAAUAAAGUAAUGAAUAACAAAGAAGACAGUAUUGAAUUUAUAACAGAAAUAAUUCCUGAAAUAGUUCACAGUCGUUGUUUUUGCGACGUUGGAUCACGAGAAUUUAUUGAGUUUGAUUCAGUAUCAAUUGAUAAAGUUUCACACCCAUCAGAACAAAUAAAUGACAAGAGUAAAAGAAUAAGUGAUAGAAAGAUUGAAUUAUUUCGCGGUAAAAUAGUGAUAAAAUUUUCCGAUGAUCCGAAAACAUUUUUCGUUAUAAUAAAAUUGCUUGGACAGCAGAUAGAGGAGGACGAUGACGACUAUAAAUAUUUUUUAAAUGAAGAAAUGUUUUAUAACAAGAUGACAUCGGAAUACAAACUGGAUAUUUAUCCGAAAGUGUAUGUUGCUGACAUGGGUCGAUACGGACGUCCAAUCAUUGUUAUAGAGGAUCUUGAGGCAGUUUCUGGAUAUAGACGCGUUGAUUCUAAAUUGGAUGAGGAUCACUUGAGGAUAUGUUUGAAGGCGAUUGCGAGGUUUCAUGCUCGUGGCCUUAGGCUCAAAUACGAUAAAUUCAAUACGUUCAGAGAGUUCUAUGCCAAAUUGCUCGAUACAAACAAUAUUCGAGAUUACAAUUCCCACAUUAAGUUUAUCAACAAAAUAAUUCAAUACGUGAAAGAACAUCCAGAUUUAGAUAAAAGGAUAAUUAAAUUAUUCCAAGAUGACGUCGCUGAUUAUAAACAUGAAACUGAAAUAAGAGACAAUGAAUUUUUAACUAUUUGUCAUGGAAACUUCAACUUAAAUAAUUUACUUUUCUGGUAUGAGAAUAACAUACCAACGGAUGUCAAAAUUAUCGAUUGGGGAUGCAUGAAAUAUUCGUUGCCGAGUCUUGAUUGGCAAAUUAUUAAUAUAAGUAAAGUUGGAGACGAAAUUUUUAAUGGUAACAUAAAGGAAAUAUUUCAUGAUUACUUGCUUGUUCUAGUUGAUGAGUGUCCUGGAAUAUUUGAUAAUAUUUAACAUUAAUUAGGUUAAUGUCUAACGAUUAGUAGAAUUAUGGAGGUAUUUAUUUUGAGCUCUUUGAUUGAAUUCUAUCAUACUUUAAUUACGUUCGCAAGUAAAUAAUUUGGUCUUUGUCGAAAUUACAUGCGGACAAUUAUUGAUUAAAGACAUUUGAGUUGUGUCUAUAAUUAUCAUUUAAACUAAAUGAUAAAAAUAAAAUAAAGUUGUUUUAAUUUUUGAAGACUAGAAAUUUGAAUAAUUUAUCAAAUUGUUAUCAUUUAAUUUCAGCUAUUUAAACAAAGUCCUUAGUAAUUUUGUGUUAAAUUAUUAAUAGUUUUUGUUUAUCUUGGCUAAGUAAAUAAACUUAUCUUUGAAUUGCAAUUACACUUACUGCGAUGGUUUAUAAUUACUGCGGGUUAUAUUAAAAAAAACACUACACUAGAUCUCCUGUAUUUUAUUGUUAUUAUUUCAUUUAAUCUAGUUUUAAAUAACACACGUAUGACUUACAGUUGUAUUUUAUAAUUUUAAUUUGCUUUGUUAUAAGUUUUGUUUUGACUAUUCUCCGAUAUGAUGUCUCAUAUUACGAUCCAUUACUGUAACAAUAAUUAAUAAAUAGUAAU